AUGGGAUCGCAGCCCCCUGCACCUCCUGCAGCCUCGCACCUCCUGCAGCCUACCACCUCCUACAGCCCCCCACCUCCUACAGCCUCCCACCUCCUACAGCCUCCCACCUCCUGCAGCCUCCCACCUCCUACAGCCUCCCACCUCCUACAGCCUCCCACCUCCUACAGCCUCCCACCUCCUACAGCCUCCCACCUCCUGCAGCCUCCCACCUCCUACAGCCUCCCACCUCCUACAGCCUCCCACCUCAUACAGCCUCCCACCUCCUGCAGCCUCCCACCUCCUGCAGCCUCCCACCUCCUGCAGCCUCUCACCUCCUACAGCCUACCACCUCCCACCUCCUGCAGCCUCCCACCUGCUACAGCCCUCCCACCUCCUACAGCCUCCCACCUCCUGCAGCCUCCCACCUCCUACAGCCUCCCACCUCCUGCAGCCUCCCACUUCCUACAGCCUCCCACCUCCUACAGCCUACCACCUCCCACCUCCUGCAGCCUCCCACCUCGAACAGCCUCCUACAGCCUCCCACCUCCUGCAGCCUCCCACCUCCUACAGCCUCCCACCUCCUACAGCCUCCCACCUCCUGCAGCCUCCCACCUCCUACAGCCUCCCACCUCCUACAGCCUCCCACCUCAUACAGCCUCCCACCUCCUGCAGCCUCCCACCUCCUGCAGCCUCCCACCUCCUGCAGCCUCCCACCUCCUACAGCCUACCACCUCCCACCUCCUGCAGCCUCCCACCUGCUACAGCCUCCCACCUCCUACAGCCUCCCACCUCCUACAGCCUCCCACCUCCUACAGCCUCCCACCUCCUGCAGCCUCCCACCUCCUACAGCCUACCACCUCCCACCUCCUGCAGCCUCCCACCUGCUACAGCCUCCCACCUCCUACAGCCUCCCACCUCCUACAGCCUCCCACCUCCUACAGCCUCCCACCUCCUGCAGCCUCCCACCUCCUGCAGCCUCCCACCUCCUACAGCCUCCCACCUCCUGCAGCCUCCCACUUCCUACAGCCUCCCACCUCCUACAGCCUACCACCUCCCACCUCCUGCAGCCUCCCACCUCGAACAGCCUCCUACAGCCUCCCACCUCCUGCAGCCUCCCACUUCCUACAGCCUCCCACCUCCUACAGCCUACCACCUCCCACCUCCUGCAGCCUCCCACCUCGAACAGCCUCCUACAGCCUCCCACCUCCUACAGCCUACCACCUCCCACUUCCUACAGCCUCCCACCUCCUACAGCCUACCACCUCCCACCUCCUGCAGCCUCCCACCUCGAACAGCCUCCUGCAGCCUCCCACCUCCUGCAGCCUCCCUCAGACCUCAGACCCUCAGACCUCAGACCCUCAGACCUCAGACCUCAGACCCUCAGACCCUCAGACCCUCAGACCUCAGACCCUCAGACCCUCAAGACCCUCAGACCUCAGACCUCAGACCCUCAGACCCUCAGACCCUCAGACCUCAGACCCUCAGACCUCAGACCCUCAGACCUCAGACCUCAGACCCUCAGACCUCAGACCCUCAGACCUCAGACCCUCAGACCUCAGACCUCAGACCCUCAGACCCUCAGACCCUCAGACCCUCAGACCCUCAGACCCUCAGACCCUCAGACCUCAGACCUCAGACCCUCAGACCCUCAGACCCUCAGACCUCAGACCCUCAGACCUCAGACCCUCAGACCUCAGACCCUCAGACCCUCAGACCUCAGACCCUCAGACCCUCAGACCUCAGACCCUCAGACCCUCAGACCUCAGACCCUCAGACCCUCAGACCUCAGACCCUCAGACCCUCAGACCUCAGACCUCAGACCCUCAGACCUCAGACCCUCAGACCUCAGACCCUCAGACCUCAGACCCUCAGACCCUCAGACCUCAGACCCUCAGACCUCAGACCCUCAGACCUCAGACCUCAGACCCUCAGACCCUCAGACCUCAGACCCUCAGACCUCAGACCCUCAGACCUCAGACCUCAGACCCCCUCAGACCCUCAGACCUCAGACCCUCAGACCUCAGACCCUCAGACCUCAGACCUCAGACCCUCAGACCCUCAGACCUCAGACCCUCAGACCCUCAGACCCUCAGACCUCAGACCCUCAGACCCUCAGACCCUCAGACCUCAGACCCUCAGACCUCAGACCCUCAGACCUCAGACCUCAGACCCUCAGACCCUCAGACCUCAGACCCUCAGACCUCAGACCUCAGACCCUCAGACCCUCAGACCUCAGACCCCUCAGACCCUCAGACCCCAGACCUCAGACCCUCAGACCCUCCCUCAGACCCUCAGACCUCAGACCCUCAGACCCUCAGACCUCAGACCAGACCCUCAGACCCUCAGACCUCAGACCCUCAGACCUCAGACCCUCAGACCCUCAGACCUCAGACCCUCAGACCUCAGACCCUCAGACCUCAGACCCUCAGACCUCAGACCCUCAGACCUCAGACCUCAGACCCUCAGACCCUCAGACCUCAGACCCUCAGACCUCAGACCCUCAGAACCACUUUCCACAUUGUAGAGCUCUUCAUCCAUCGCGACUGCCACACAGACUGCCACACCGACUGCCACACAGACUGCCACACCGACUGCCACACCGACUGCCACACCGACUGCCACACCGACUGCCACACAGGCUGCCACACCAACUGCCACACCGACUGCCACACCGACUGCCACACCGACUGCCACACAGACUGCCACACAGACUGCCACACCGACUGCCACACCGACUGCCACAGAGACUGCCACACCGACUGCCACACAGACUGCCACAGAGACUGCCACACAGACUGCCACAGAGACUGCCACACCGACUGCCACACAGACUGCCACACCGACUGCCACACCGACUAUCACCCGCAAGACGCAGGUUGGAGGCACCGCCGCAGCCUCCUCCUCUGGCCUGGGCACAGAUUACUUUUUGGAAACAUGACACUGCAAAUACCUGGCUUGCCUCUCCACAGACCUGGCCUGCCUCUCCACAGACUCUCCACAGACCUGGCCUGCCUCUCCACAGACCUGGCUUGUCUCUCCACAGACCUGGCCUGCCUCUCCACAGACCUGGCUUGUCUCUCCACAGACCUGGCUUGCCUCUCCACAGACCUGGCUUGCCUCUCCACAGACCUGGCUUGUCUCUCCACAGACCUGGCUUGCCUCUCCACAGACCUGGCUUGUCUCUCCACAGACCUGCCUUGCCUCUCCACAGACCUGGCUUGCCUCUCCACAGACCUGGCUUGUCUCUCCACAGACCUGGCUUGCCUCUCCACAGACCUGGCUUGCCUCUCCACAGACCUGGCUUGUCUCUCCACAGACCUGGCUUGCCUCUCCACAGACCUGGCUUGUCUCUUCACAGACCUGGCUUGCCUCUCCACAGACCUGGCUUGUCUCUUCACAGACCUGGCUUGCCUCUCCACAGACCUGGCUUGUCUCUUCACAGACCUGGCUUGCCUCUCCACAGACCUGGCUUGCCUCUCCACAGACCUGGCCUGCCUCUCCACAGACCUGGCCUGCCUCUCCACAGACCUGGCCUGCCUCUCCACAGACCUGGCCUGCCUCUCCACAGACCUGGCCUGCCUCUCCACAGACCUGGCUUGCCUCUCCACAGACCUGGCUUGCCUCUCCACAGACCUGGCCUGCCUCUCCACAGACCUGGCUUACCUGGCCUGCCUCUCCACAGACCUGGCUUGUCUCUCCACAGACCUGGCUUGCCUCUCCACAGACCUGGCCUGCCUCUCCACAGACCUGGCCUGCCUCUCCACAGACCUGGCUUGCCUCUCCACAGACCUGGCUUGUCUCUCCACAGACCUGGCUUGCCUCUCCACAGACCUGGCUUGUCUCUCCACAGACCUGGCUUGUCUCUCCACAGACCUGGCUUGUCUCUCCACAGACCUGGCUUGCCUCUCCACAGACCUGGCUUGCCUCUCCACAGACCUGGCUUGUCUCUCCACAGACCUGCCUUGCCUCUCCACAGACCUGGCUUGCCUCUCCACAGACCUGGCUUGCCUCUCCACAGACCUGGCUUGCCUCUCCACAGACCUGGCUUGCCUCUCCACAGACCUGGCUUGCCUCUCCACAGACCUGGCCUGCCUCUCCACAGACCUGGCUUGCCUCUCCACAGACCUGGCUUGUCUCUCCACAGACCUGGCCUGUCUCUCCACAGACCUGGCCUGUCUCUCCACAGACCUGGCUUGCCUCUCCACAGACCUGGCUUGCCUCUCCACAGACCUGGCUUGUCUCUCCACAGACCUGGCUUGCCUCUCCACAGACCUGGCUUGUCUCUCCACAGACCUGGCUUGCCUCUCCACAGACCUGGCCUGCCUCUCCACAGACCUGGCCUGCCUCUCCACAGACCUGGCUUGCCUCUCCACAGACCUGGCUUGUCUCUCCACAGACCUGGCUUGUCUCUCCACAGACCUGGCUUGCCUCUCCACAGACCUGGCUUGCCUCUCCACAGACCUGGCCUGCCUCUCCACAGACCUGGCCUGCCUCUCCACAGACCUGGCUUGCCUCUCCACAGACCUGGCUUGUCUCUCCACAGACCUGGCUUGCCUCUCCACAGACCUGGCUUGUCUCUCCACAGACCUGGCUUGCCUCUCCACAGACCUGGCUUGUCUCUCCACAGACCUGGCUUGCCUCUCCACAGACCUGGCCUGCCUCUCCACAGACCUGACCUGCCUCUCCACAGACCUGGCUUGCCAGAACCAGAACCAGAACCAGAAUCCUUUUAUUGCCAUCCCUCUGGCCCCCUCAGUGCAGCCCUCUGUGCAGCCCUUUGGCCCCCUCUGGCCCCCUCUGUGCAGCCCUCAGUGCAGCCCUUUGGCCCCGCUCUGGCCCCCUCUGUGCAGCCCUCUGGCCCCCUCAGUGCAGCCCUCUGGCCCCCUCUGUGCAGCCCUCUGGCCCCCUCAGUGCAGCCCUCUGGCCCCCUCUGUGCAGCCCUCUGGCCCCCUCUGGCCCCCUCUGUGCAGCCCUCUGGCCCCCUCUGUGCAGCCCUCUGGCCCCCUCAGUGCAGCCCUCUGGCCCCCUCAGUGCAGCCCUCUGGCCCCCUUCCAGAGCAGAAUGAAUGUGUCCCCAGAGCUGAGGGCCACGCUCUGCUGCAGCUGA